ACAUGGAAUACAAUGAAAAACUGGCACGUUUUCGACAAGGUCAUCUCAAUCCCUUUGAUAAAGACCCAUGUGGAAAGCUGGAUAAAGGCAGUGAAGAAGAGGGUGACCUGUCAGUAAAAGGUCGGAACAGAGGACUCUGCUGUCUAGACUGUAAUGUCACUAGUAGCAACAGCCUAAUAUCCCUUGUUUCGUCAUAUUUCUGAUUUUGUAUCUCUUACUAGAGAUGCAUAGGUUGUGGGCUAGUACUUUCCAAGGAUUUACUAAGAAACACUUGAGACUUUGAAGUUAGGGCUAAAGAUAUUCCAUAUUUCUUUGCCCUGUCACUCCUGAAGAGUCUAGCUUACCAGGGGACUAUCAUUACUCAAGCUGAGGUCAACCAAUUCCAUCUAACUUGAACCUGUUUAAGUAUAUCAUUUCAUGUCACUUUCCAUUUUCUUAUUGAGCUGCACACAGAUAACAAUUGUAGAAAAAAUAUUUCAUUACAAAUACCAAAUUGAGGAAAUGAUUUAUUUUUGAUAUAUUUACCUGCAUACUGAAUUUACUCAGAUGGCUAGUGAUUUGUUCUAUCAUAAAGCUUCAUCAUGGAGAACCACAACAUUGAGCGACGUCUUUACGUUUACUACUAAAGUGCCACCUUCUAAGCUUCAAACUACAAGGGCUACACACAGACUUUUUGUAUCGGGAGGUCAAUGCAUAUACUGACAGAGUGAUGGAUCUUGGCCUGGCUGAGGAUCACUUUUCAAAACCUGUGGGUUCAUUUGGGGCAUUGGACAUUGAAAACCUGAAGCGCGCCAUUGAUGAAGUGAAACAAGUUAUAUUAGAUUUGCCGGAGCACUCCGAGAAGCAGAAAGACGCUGUUGUUAAACUUAUUCAUCUCCGGCUUAAACUGCAAGAAUUGAAGGACCCCGAUGAAGAUGAGCCAAAUAUUCGAAUUCUUCUUGAACACCGAUUCUACAAGGAGAAAAGCAAAAGUGUCAAACAGUUUUGUGACAAGUGCAGCACCAUUAUAUGGGGCUUGCUUCAAACCUGGUAUACGUGCACAGGUUGUUACUACAGAUGUCACAGUAAAUGCUUAAACCAAAUCACCAAAUCCUGUGUCAGGUCAAAGGUUAGCCACCAAUCUGAAUUUGAGCUCAAUAUCUGUCCUGAGGUCGGUCUGGACCGGCAGGAUUACCGAUGUGGAGAGUGUCGCCAACCAAUUUCUUUACGUGGUGUGCCUAGUGAAGCACGCAUGUGUGACUACACUGGACGAUAUUACUGCAGUAGCUGCCACUGGAAUGAUGCAGCAAUCAUCCCUGCUCGUGUCAUACAUAACUGGGACUUUGAAACCUAUAAAGUGUGCCGUUAUAGUAUGAGGUAUCUCACGCUGAUGAACUCCCGGCCAGUACUGAAACUUAGAGUUAUUAAUCCACUUCUUUUCAAUUAUGUGGAGGAACUGGUGGAAAUUCGGAAGCUCCGACAAGACAUCCUGCUAAUGAAACCCUAUUUCAUCACAUGUAAGGAAGCAAUGGAGGCAAGGUUGCUGUUACAGUUGCAGGAUCGGCAGCAUUUUGUGGAAAACGAUGAAAUGUAUUCUCUACAGGAUUUAAUCGACAUUGCCACUGGGCAUCUGAGCCGCACUUUAACCGAAAUCCACACCAUCUUUGCAAAACAUAUUAAACUGGACUGUGAGCGCUGUCAGGCUAAAGGUUUUGUCUGUGAGUUAUGCAAAGAGGGAGAUGUGCUCUUUCCAUUCGACAGCCACACAUCGGUGUGCCAGGAUUGUUCUGCUGUAUUUCACAGAGAUUGUUAUUAUGACAAUUCCACUACGUGUCCAAGGUGUGCGCGGCUUUCAAUGAGAAGACAGUCUCAAAUUGGGUCAACUCAUCCAGACUGAGAAACUAAGUCCAAAUGAAGAACUGUCAACUGGGAAUAUUGUGAUGCUGAUCAUUUCAUUUUCUACCAGCUAACCGGUUUGAAGAUUAUGCAGAAGAUAAUGGUCGGUGUAUCGAUGGAGUGUUUAAUUCCAUUAAUGGACUUUUUUUUAAAAAAAGGCAUUGGAAUCACGUUAAAUGAACAUAUAUUGAAAAUUUCCUUUGAAGUUGGAAGUCAGUGAAAAAGUUAACGGUAGGCUAAAAUGGUGGAUUUCCCAGUGAAAUCAAAGCAGCAGUCUUAGAAAUUAAAAUCUGAGUUUUUUUUUGAGAAGUCCUUUAGAUCUUUUGAUUGUCCAUUGGUAAAAUCUGACUGGCACUAUUUAUGGGUAGUAUUCAUUUAAAAACAUUCCUUCUUGAGCACUUUCUAUUUAGAAUGUAUUUCAGAUUUGUAAUAUUUAUUUCAUCUCCACCUGAUAUACGUUUUUACUGAGUUUUUGAAUGGAUUUUAGCAAAAACGUUCUGAUUUUUGUGGGGUGACUUGUGAAGAGAAAAGUUGGCAUUUACAUGGUGCUUAUCACAUUCUUAGGAUGUAGACAAAUGUUUAUAACGCUGCCCACUUUUAGCUUCUGUUCUGCCAUCAGUCCUCACUCGACAAAGGGAAAAUUAUUACUUUAAUAACCUGUGCUGUAUUGAAUUUGUAUUCGAUGUUAAAAGAACAGAUGUUUAAAUUGGCCGAUAAGUAUAAAUCUGGGCUUGUUAGCAUUUCAGACAAUUCUGAUUCUUUGGUUCAGAAGCAGAGUCCACAUUGCAUGAAAGGAAGGGGUGCGGAAUGAACACACUGGAAUUAUUCCAUUUGGAAACUGUUUCAGGGAGUUGGUGUCCCAGCUGGUAUAUAGAAAGGGAGGGUCAUGAAGCUUUGCAGUGAACGAGCACUAGCUUAAAAAGUAACUUAAUCCUGUGCAGUGUGGGGUAAGAAUGCAUUGACAGAAGCAAACUGAAAGCAAGUGUCACUUGUCGUUUUGAAGACUGCUUAUUGUCAGUUGCGUGUCUUGACACCAAGAAAACUUAAUACUGUGCUCUGUUUGUGCUUGCAAUCCCAGCUACGUGGAAAUCUAUAUGGUUGAUGACUGUGCUUAUCUGAUAUAGAGGGCAACAGUAUGUAUGAAAGCUCAAAAUUGGCAGACCCCAAUUAUGCACAGCAAUACUUCAUGAACUACAACCACACACAACAUUGGUACAGCGUUGAUGAGCAUUUUGUUCUUUGCCUAGCCAAGACCACUACUUAAGGCAUUUGCUUACUGUAUUAUUUAAAUUGGAAUAUGAAGAAUUUCAUCCUAAAUGAUAGGAAUAGCCUUUGAUCCAGGGCUGGCUCAUUAACGCUGUUGUUCAGUGCUAGAAGCCUGUCUGACAAAAAUGAGAUGACUGGGUUUCGCACAAAAAAGUAUAAUUCUGGAGAUUUCUACUUUAAUUUGAACUGAAUCAGAUACCUGUAUUUUAAUUUCAGUACUGCUGAAAAUGAUGCUAAAUUAGUAAUAAUUUUGUUAAACUGAAUACCUUGAUGUGGACCUGUUGUAUUUCCUUGUGUAAUCCAUAUUGUAAUUUCUAAUGGAAUUUGCUAGUUUAGUGAAGAGCUACCAUAUUUACCCACAGCUGAACAUUCAAAAUUCAACUUUAAUCCAACAGUUUUCAUUUGAAAUGGCUAUUUUUUUUGAGUGAGGCAGCUCAAAUUUGAAAUAGCGGCCAGCCCUGGACCUUGAUGAUCACACUAAUAAUUUAUCCCUUUGUGCUUUUUUACACCAGUAUUCUUUUGCAAAAACUAAAGAUCCUGGUUAUUUGAUUGGAAAGAGGGAUAAAAGAAAUAAUUUAGCUUCAGUAUAUCUGAAAUGUGCUAGCAGUCAGUUCCAUGAUUCAUACCAUCUGUGUUGAUUUUUGGCAACCUGAUGAUAUGGACUGAAUUGAAAAUACACUUAAUGUAAUAACACUCUGUCUGAAUUUUUCUUUUGAAUUGUUAUUAGUACUCUAAGGAUAUAGCAUCACUUUAGAAAUGGUUAUUGCACUCUUUGAAUACGUUUGAACUCCUGAAGUAUUACUAUUUGGUUAUCCUCUUAAAUUGUAUAUCAGUAUAAACAAGAUCAAAAUUAAAAUAGAAAUAUAUAUUGUCUCUGUAUAAAGAAAUUGUUUUGAUUUGUAAACCCUUUCCUGGCCUACUGUUAUGACUUUCUUAUUUUAAGAUAAUCACCAAUGGAGGGAAGGAAAUGGAAGUAAUUGAUUAUGAUUCGACCCCUCACUUAACCUACUGGUUUACACCCUUUGCUCAAUGGACUAGCAGUAAAAUUAAAUAUUGUACGAUACUUUUUAAAGUUGUACCACCUGUGUAAAGAAUAUAAAGUAUCAUGCUGCUGUGGAGGUUUUUUCUCGCACUAACCAUCGUUAUGCACUUUUUGAACAGGUUUAAAUUCCCUAAGUAUUACUAUUCCUUUAUCCUUCUAAAGAAAUUAUACAUUCACCAUUUUAUGCACUUGUAUAAAUAUCAUUUGUCUUUUUAAAAUUCAAAUAUUGUUUGUCAUUUAUAGAAGCCAAUCUAAUGAGUGGCCUUUUGAAGGUCCAUGGUCCAUGUAUGUGGCUUUUUUUUGUUGUUACUAUGUUUACAUCUUUUACUAUAGAGCUAUCCAUUUGAACAUGUAUCCAUUAAAUCAGGGCAAUCCAGUGAUAAUUAUGAAGGGCAUCGAUUCUGAUUCAGUAGAGUUCUUCCAUUUUAUCCUUUUUUUUAGGAAAAUGUCAAAAAUGAAGAAAAAAAACUUGCAACUGUUAACAAGUUGAUCAACCUUUUGAAAGUGAAUAAAACCUAAUAUUUGAAGUUGACAAUAAACAGAAGAUGCCAUAAAUUCUUGCAGGUCAGGCUACAUCUGUGUAAAAUUUCAAAGGUUAGGAUUUUGUUUUGGGUCUAUGAAUCCUUUGGACAAUGAAAAGUCAUAGACCUGAAACAAGGUAUGACGGGAAGUCAAAAAAUGAAAUCUUGCUGUAACUUUUUUUUUCCAUUCUUCAAAGAUGCUGCCUUACCUGCUAAUUUGAUUCUGUUUUUAUUUCUGUUUUCUAGCAUCUUGAAUAUUUUUUAUUCUUAUUCAUUCUUCAGUUAAUAUAUUUGAGUGUAAGUUAAUUAAACCAUUGUCUUUCUUUUUCUUUUAAAAAGCUAAUACCUACUGCAUGUUUCCAUUGCUUGGAUCAUUUUCUUACAGUUUAUCAUAUAUAUUAAAUAAAAGCAUAAAGAGACCACUUUCAAAUUUGACCCAAAAACGAAUGCUUGGUAGUGUACCUAUUCAAAUGAAAGUACUUUUCAUAGAAUAUUAGAAAUAGUUUAUUUCUAAGUGGGACAUUUAAAAUUUCAGCUCUUAAAAUAUAUUUUAUGACUCCAUUUUCCUCCUUUUUAAAAAAAAUCACUCAUUUAUUUGUUAAAAAGUUAUAUCCAUGUAUAUAAACUAGUGGAGAUUAAACAAAUAGUAUUAUGUAAUUUUAGCUUGCAUAAGAAUAAUAAAAUUAUUGUAUAGUGGCCACUAAGGCAACAGUUUUUGGUUCUGUUCCUGUUUAAAUCUGUCCACGGUGCUGUAAUUACACAACUGACAAUACCUUGUAAUGUGUAUAAUAAAUAUUCAGUAUAUUUCA